AUGGAUUCGCGCAAGAUGAUGGUUUUCCGAGAUUGCAAGGAUACCAGCGCCCAUAUCUGGAUUCCUUUUACAAGAUCGGAAACCAUGCAAAUCGAGGCAUCUUCAAAAGAAGGAAUCUUGUGCAUUCGUGUGGACAAGUUCCCUAACAGGACGUACUACAUUGGCAAACCUACUUCGGACCAGUGGUUCGCAUUACCGAACCAUAAGCCGAUUGAUCAGUUUCUAACCGAACAAGUUUGUUUAGUGGUCUUGAAUUCCGACCCUCUAACAUUUAAGAGAGUAACGCUUUCGCCAAAAUGUGGGGCCAAUCGCGCCACGAAUUACUAUGGUUCUCGAUGCGAUAAUGAGUCCUUAGUUGUGAAUGGAUUGGUACACUGGCUCACCACCGAUGGUCGCGCCAUCGUGUUCGAUCACGAACACGAGACUUACCAGAAAGAGGUGAAGCAAUUGUGGGUUGUGGAUGAUUCAGGACAUACUAAUAAGUGGUGUUUGAUCGAGCAACAAAACCAAGAUUUCACAAGUAAUGGAAUCCUUGUUGAUCCGGAGACUAAAGUUAUGAAAUUUGGUGGUUUUUGUGCUCAACAUGUUUUCCCAUUCACAUCAAAUUUCCAGCCAAUCCGGCUAGAGUGCAACAAGAACCCAUGUAGGUUCCUUCACCCGGGUUUACCAAAGCGCCAAAAUAAUUCGUAUGAUUGUCCCAGUAGGAACAAGUUCACUUACAUAAGGGAUGCCGCCGUCAAUCAGCCUGAUGGAGUCAACAAUGUCAAUGUUGUUGUUGGAAGUUAG